UUUAGGAAACGUGGCCUUACCUUACCGCAGCGUCAGUGUUUUGGAUGAAUGAGAAACACACAGCGGCUCUUCCAUCUCUUCCACCCGUGUCUCAGCUACAGCACACGGCCUGCGUUUGAACCAUGUCUGAGACGGAACAGAUCCCAGAAGUCGCCGCUGCCGUCCUGGAGGCCCUGAACAACACGGACUCCAACGGGACCGAGGAGGCGCUCAAUGCGACGGCUAAAUUCGUGGCCAGUGCGGAGGGCACCGCGCUGGCGUACGGCAGCCUGGUGUUCAUGGCUCUGCUGCCCAUCUACUUCGGAGCCCUGCGGUCGGUCACUUGCUCCAAAUCCAAGGAGCUCGGAGAAAAUGAGUACGAUUCUGGGUUCAGAAAUGCAUCAGACAUGCCGGAAACGAUCACCAGUCGAGACGCCGCAAGGUUUCCCAUCAUCGCCAGCUGCACUCUGUUCGGGCUCUACCUGUUCUUUAAGGUAUUUUCUCAAGAGUACAUCAACCUGCUGCUGUCCGUCUACUUCUUUGGCCUGGGCGUGCUGGCUCUGUCUCACACCAUGAGCCCACUGAUGUCCAGGAUCUUUCCAGAUUCUUUCUCAAACAAACAGUACCAGCUGCUCUUUACUCAGGGCGCCGAAGAGACCAAAGAAGAAAUAGUCAACUAUGAGUUUGACACCAAGAACCUGAUAUGCCUGGUCAUCAGCAGCGUGGUGGGAGUCUGGUACCUGUUCAAAAAGCACUGGAUAGCCAACAACCUGUUCGGCCUGGCGUUCGCUCUGAACGGAGUGGAGCUGCUCCACCUGAACAACGUCAGCACCGGCUGCAUCCUGCUGGGGGGGCUCUUUGUCUAUGAUGUCUUCUGGGUGUUUGGGACCAACGUCAUGGUAACAGUUGCCAAGUCCUUUGAAGCGCCAAUCAAGUUGGUGUUUCCUCAGGAUUUAUUGGAGAGAGGACUCGAUGCCAGUAACUUUGCCAUGCUGGGUCUCGGGGACAUCGUCAUCCCAGGAAUCUUCAUUGCUCUGCUGCUGCGCUUCGACGUCAGCCUAAAGAAGCAAAGCAAGACGUAUUUCUACUCCAGUUUCUUGGCCUACAUCUUCGGACUGGGCCUCACCAUCUUCGUCAUGCACACCUUCAAACACGCACAGCCCGCUCUGCUGUACCUGGUCCCGGCCUGCAUCGGCUUCCCCGUCAUCGUAGCGCUGGUCAAAGGAGAACUCACCGAGUUGUUCAGUUAUGAGGAGACCGUUCCUGAAGACACAGAGGCUAAAGAAGACGGCGAAUCAGAGAAGAAGGACCAAUAGCAUCCAUCGCUGCCCCCCCCCCACACCCCGCCCUCGUCAAACACUUCUCAUCCAGCCUGCUGCCGCCACAUUUCAACGAAGCCCCUCCCGCUCCCGCCUCUCCAGCUUCCUGUUUUUCGCCAGGCGGGAUCUCACCAGGGGGGGGGGCUCUCGCGUAGCCAGCGUAGUCCGUGUCUGGUCUCCGUGGUAACAGCUGCUGUCGUGCAACGACGGCGGUCUUUGUCAUUAAAGGUUGUGCCGUUACGACAGCUCAGACUCGGUGCCUGCCAUGUUUCCUCUGUCUGUCUCUCAGCUGCACGCACACAGGGAAAACACACAACCUCUGCGGCUUUUCCCCCCAAAAAUACACACACACACCCACCGAGUGUUUAGGUGUACGUUUAAUAAUAUGCAUGUGACAGCAGCUGCAGCGUCAUCUGAUCCACUUGUGUGUUUGCAGCUUAAUGGCUCAGAUGGACUGGGAAACCAGUAACCAUUCACUGUUUGAAAGAGUGGAGAGAUCACACGGUCAAACAAGUGCUUCUGUCUUUUGUUUCAAAGCCUCAAACAAAGAACCACGAUUGUCAACCUCUUGAAUAAGGUACCUGGGCUUGUAUAUUCCAUGAUGUGACUUGUGAAACUCCUGAUUUCCUGUCCGUCUUCCCGCUGUGGUUCUUUGUUUCUGGUUUUCUUCUCUGGUUUAAUUUGGCGCCGGGUCGCCGCUCAGUCUGCCUUCUGCUUUUUUCUCACAUCUGUUUUUUUUUUGUGUUUUUUUUAAAGGCCAGAAUUUUAAGAUGAAAAAUCCAGUUUGUAAACAGUAAGCUGCUCACUGUACAUCCGCCUGUCCUUUACACUGACUGCACCAGCUGCAUGUAAGGAAAUAAACCCUGCUUACGGUCCGGCCUGUGGCGCUCAAAUGGCUUCAAAUUAAACCUGCGGUGACCGUUCCAAGCAGUAUGUCUUAUUCAGACAUUGUUUGAUAGUGUUAUUUUUUUACUUUUUUACACUUUUAUCACGGGAGAUUCUUCUUUUUUUUGUCAUCGAAUCUAAUGUUUAGAUCUAAACCAACACUGUAGGAUUACACAUCUUUGAAACACCUCACAAAUAUGCAUUUUCAUUUCUAUUUAUUCAUAUAAAAACUUCAGUAAUUUAACAGCUGGUAGCUUUUAACAAACAUUACAGGCUCUAGUCUUUGAGAUUGACCUUGUUCUCUUUUUGCAACUCACUCUCCGCUCUUUUUUUUUUUAGUAGUUCUUCAGAGUUUACCUUUAUUACUACAGGUGAGGAUUUACCUGCCUGGUUAAGCUAAAGUCGAGUCAAAUCUUUUGUACAUCUGUUUUGAGUCUUAAAGUUCUGGCCUGUGAGGAGUAAAGGGAGGAGGAGGGUGAAGUGUGAACCUCCUCUGCUGAAUAUUAACAGUCCUCGUUCUCAGAUCUUAUUGGUAAAGAGGUUGCGAGGGGCGGGGCCCUGCGGUCUCCUCGUCCAAUAGGCUGUAAGAAUGAGCCGAGGAGACAGGAGUAUUUUUUAAUGUCUCAGUCUUGAUAAACUAAAUGAUCUGGGGUUUCGGACAGUUGGUCCAAACGAUUAAUGCCAUUAGUUAAUCAACACGUGUUUUCUACAAUAAAACAAACUUAUUUUUUGUUAACUUCUUAUUUAAGAAAGCCAAUAAAACAGCGACUGAAUAGAUCAGUUUUUUAAAUUGUCUAUCGCACAUUUGACAGGUCUUUAAAAAUCAUUUGUAGGAUGUGAUGAACAUUGCUGGACUGAAAAAAGGCAAUUCAACAACAACAUCCCUUUGCUGUGUGAUUUGAUUUCUCAGAUGCCAAAAAUGUCUAAAUCUGUUGCUUAAGGUCAGAUGUUUGUAGGGUGACUCACAAUACACGGUUGGAAAAAAAAAAGAAUGUACCAAAUGAAAGCAGCCAGACCAGGAGAUCCUGAAUAUCAGUAUCUAGUAUGUUUCAAAAAGAAAUGCUAUCCUUUCCCACAAUGCAUCGUAAACCUUCAAAUGUACUUUCUAUCAGUGGCUUUGAGUUUUUUAAAGUCAGAAUUUCACAAUAGAAGUUCUGAAUUAUGUCAGAAUACUGAGAUUUAAAAUGUAAUUCCAUUUUUUGUAGUAAUUUUGAUUUAAUUUAGAGGUUUUUUUUUCUAAAUUACAACAUUUCUCUGUACGACACCAUGAAGUCUUCACAAAUGUUUGGUGAAUUGUAAUUUUUAAGUCUUGCUUACAUUUGGAAAAUGUAGAGCAGCUCUGUGGAUGCUUGAGAAAAGCUUCUCUGAUUGGACCGUUCGGCCUCACGUCCUUAUUCUCAAUGUUAUCGGUGUUGUUGCUUUAUGAGAAAGAUGCACAGUUUUUGUACUUCGAUGUAAAACAUGAAAAUAAAUGGAAGUAUCAUUCCCAUAUUCAGCUCCGUGACGUUCAGUAGCCCCUCAUCAUUUUAAAUACAAUGUACCUGAAAUGUUUUUAUUUCUCUUUCUCUCUCUGGUUGCAUUUGUGCAGGAAGUCAUUUUACGGCCCUGACUGUAUCUAUUUUAUUUGCAAUAAAUGUUUUGGUGUUUUGAUCACCAUAUAGAGAAGCAUAA